AUGCCCCGAGAGACUAAACAGAAAGCGACCGGCUCUCUUCAACUACCCUAUUCGAUCAACAACGCCUCUAUUGGACCUCCGGAAGUGACUGUUAAUGACGUGCAAACGGCCGCGGAGGCCCGAGAGAUCACUCCCCGCUACAGUAACCCUCAUCUUUACUAUUCAAGUAUGCCGCUUGGAAUGCAAACUCGUCUUGGCAAAUAUCCGGCGCCCGACUUUGUCAUCCAGGGACCCAAUCGAACGAAUCGACAGAGAGUGAGAAUGAACCCAAGCGAAAAGUGCGUGGAUCGAAAGAUUUGCGGUCGUGGAGACAAAGGGCCGGAAAGAGAGGAACUGAAGCUUCAGCUCAAGCCACAGGAUCGUCUCGGAUCGACCGGCUACAAAGAAUGGCUUCAGGGUGAUAACAACGAAAAGAGAGCGAUCGGAAUCGACGCUCGAACUGGAGCCGAGUUGAUCGAAGACGGCGAGGGCCGACUUAGAGACACAGAAACGUCCAAAAAAGUCGACGAGCAGCAUGCUUGCCGAUAU